GCUGUGCAGGGAAGCCUGCGGGCGGUAGGACCCGGUGGUCAUCCAGUGAGAGGCAGGGUGGAAGGCACACACACACAGAGAGAGAGAGAGGCUGGGGAAAGGAAGAGAAGGCAGAUCACAGUGUGUGCAGGGGAGGAAGACACCCAGACCCAGCCAGGCUCAGCUGACCCACUACAAGAAGGAUGAACCAGGGCUGAUACAGGGGGACCAGAUCCAGCAUCCAGAGGGCACCUACCUCCCAGGGUGACAGCAGCCAGGACCUCCCAUCCCUCCAUGCAAUCAAUGGGCUGAAUCUGCAAACAGCAGCAGCACCACUACAAGCAGCAAGCCCUAUCCUUCCUUCCUCCUCCUCCUCCCACCCUCUCCCCCUCUCUGUCUGCUCCCCCCCUCCCUCCUUCUUUCCUCUCCCUUCCCUCUCUUGCUCCCCUCGGUGAUGGUUUAGGCUUCAGCUGGCUGCAAUCCACCAGUAGGCCCCAAGCCCCGGUGACUGCUCUCCUUCCAGGCUCAGCUCACUUAUUACCUCUUGAAAUCAUAAAGAAAGAAAAAAAUACAGAAAAUUAGCUUUUUACCCUCCCGUCUGUCUGUGUGCUGGUGCUGAGCACUCAUUGCGGUCAUUAUGAAUGAAGUAGCAAUUGUGAAAGAGGGCUGGCUGCACAAACGAGGUGAGUACAUAAAGACCUGGAGGCCACGUUACUUUCUUCUCAAGUCUGACGGUACUUUUAUUGGGUACAAAGAACGUCCUCAAGAUGUUGAUCAAUUAGAAACUCCUUUGAACAAUUUUUCUGUAGCCAAAUGUCAGCUGAUGAAGACAGAACGACCAAAAGCGAACACAUUUAUCAUCCGAUGUCUCCAAUGGACCACAGUAAUUGAAAGAACGUUUCAUGUGGAUUCUCCGGAGGAGCGGGAAGAAUGGACAAAAGCCAUUCAAGCCGUAGCAGACAGCCUUAAGAAGCAGGAAGAAGAAAUGAUGGAAUUUAGAUCGGGUUCCCCGAGUGAUAAUUCUGGAGCAGAAGAAAUGGAAGUCUCUCUUUCUAAACCAAAACACAAAGUAACUAUGAAUGAAUUUGAAUAUUUGAAGCUUUUGGGAAAAGGCACAUUUGGAAAAGUAAUUUUAGUAAAAGAAAAAGCAACCGGAAGAUAUUAUGCUAUGAAAAUUUUAAAAAAAGAAGUUAUUGUUGCAAAGGACGAAGUAGCACACACUCUUACUGAAAACCGCGUCUUACAGAACUCUAGGCAUCCUUUCCUAACUGCAUUAAAAUAUUCCUUCCAGACACAUGAUCGCUUAUGCUUUGUUAUGGAGUAUGCAAAUGGUGGAGAGCUAUUCUUCCAUCUAUCAAGAGAACGAAUAUUUUCUGAAGAUCGGGCCCGGUUUUAUGGGGCGGAAAUAGUGUCUGCAUUAGAUUACCUUCAUUCGGAGAAAAAUGUAGUUUACAGAGACUUAAAGUUGGAAAAUCUCAUGCUGGACAAAGAUGGACAUAUAAAAAUAACAGAUUUUGGACUCUGUAAAGAAGGGAUAAAAGAUGGGGCAACCAUGAAAACAUUUUGUGGCACACCAGAAUACCUUGCUCCCGAGGUGUUAGAAGACAAUGACUACGGCCGAGCGGUGGACUGGUGGGGCUUGGGAGUAGUCAUGUAUGAAAUGAUGUGUGGGCGACUGCCCUUCUACAAUCAGGAUCACGAGAAACUGUUCGAACUUAUUCUUAUGGAGGAGAUUAGAUUCCCACGCACUUUAUUACCAGAAGCAAAGUCUUUGCUGUCAGGUUUGCUGAAGAAAGACCCUAAACAGAGAUUAGGGGGUGGACCGGAUGAUGCAAAAGAGAUCAUGCAACAUAAAUUCUUUGCUGGAAUCGAAUGGCAAGAUGUAUACGAGAAGAAGCUUGUUCCCCCUUUUAAACCACAAGUUACAUCAGAGACGGAUACAAGGUAUUUUGAUGAAGAAUUCACAGCACAGAUGAUCACGAUAACACCACCGGACCAAGAUGAUAACCUGGAAUUUGUUGACAAUGAGAGGAGGCCGCAUUUCCCCCAGUUUUCAUAUUCUGCAAGUGGGAAUUCUUAGUGCUCUCUACAACUUUCCUUUCCUUUUUUUUUCCUUUUUCUUUUUUUUUUUUUCUUUUACUUUUUUUUUCUUUUUCCUUUUUCCAUUGCAACACAGACUUCAUAUUUGGGCACUAAUGUCAUCAGACUUUGUACAGGACCUUCUGUAGCCUAUGAAUUACAAACUAUGUUUGUAUGACCAGAAAGGAGGAGUUAAAGAAUGUCUGUAAAAUUUAAGUCUGUAUGUAAAACAAGUUCUCACAUUUCACGUUUGCAAAGAAAAACAAAAACAAAAAAAAAACAAAGUCUAGACCAUCCUUAAAAUUGUUACAUGUAUGUAGCUCCUUAUAUACAUUAAUACAUGCUGAUACAUUGGGAUGGAUGACUACACUCAGUCUGUUUCGAGAAUGUGCUCACAAGCUGUCAAGCGAACAAAUGAAGAACGAACGAAUCAUUAAUGAAAAUAAAGGUAAAGAUUUUCAGCACCCUGGUCACUGCAUCAUCACCGACGUUUAUUUAUUUAAUAGAUUUAAAUAUUCAAACUGUGGGCAAUUGGAUGUAGUUAGGAAAUAUUAAAAGGUAUAGUAGUGCAAUAAUGAACGUGUUUUGAGUACUUAAGUCACUUUUUAUAACAGUGACGUGUCACUAUAUGGGAAAAAACAACAAAAUAAAUAAAAGCAUUAAUAGCCUCAGUGAGGUAAAUAAUCAAACAAGAAUUCUUAUCUUGCUGUAGAAAGACAAUACAUAUCAGAUUAGACGGGUUUAGUAAAGUGAAAACGUUAUUUACAAAUCUUUAUGCUUGUAGUCUGCUUGAUGAAAUUUGGGUUUGCUUACAAAACUGCCUCUAAAUUAAGUAUUCCUAAUUUCAAAUGACAUUCUAAAAAGCCCAAUAUUUUCAAGCAAGUCCAUAUUCUAUUAAAAUAGCCAAUAAACCACUCAUUUAAUCUAAAACAACAAAACCGUAAACAAAUAAAUAAAUAUCCGUGAAUCUGCAUAUAAAGUUUAUCAGUGGUGAAACAUAAAUUCAGCUAUAGGCAGUUUUCACUAUCUGAUGGGAAAAAUAAAAUCAAAACGCAACACUACAUCCAUCUCUCAGUGAAUAGUAGUAUGCACUUUUAUCAUGCUUUUAUUUUACUUUUUUUUUUUUUUUUUUGGUAGGGCGUUCGGCAUAAAUUGUAGUUAAUACUGGGUUUUUUUCGUGUUUUUUUUUUGGAACCCAGAUGUUUAAAAAUGCAUUUAAAAAAAGGCUCAAAAAUUAGAUUCAAAAUGAAAUAAUUGAUAUGUGUUUUUCAAUUUAUGUUACAAAGUUUAAAUUGUAAUUUACUGCAGCAUUGUGUCUAGAAACACUUUGAAAAGGGGUAGAAUAAUGUAUUGUAAGUUAAAGCUGCAUUUCUGUCUGAAAAGAUUUUAUGCACUUGUUUGUUUUUUGUUUAGUUUUUGUGAUGGAAGACCCAGUAGAUUUUUUUUAUUUUUGU